AUGCCUGUCUCCCAUCUCACCCUCACCGUCGCCCACCUCCCCACCUCCACCUCUUUCUUUCUCUCCUGUCUCCAGCCGCUGGGAUACAAGUUCAUCGGCCGCCACGAUGACUACAUCGGCUUCGGCCAGCAUUCCGGUGAACCGGCGGACUUUUGGAUAACCGAGCAGAAGCCGGGAGUCCCCGCCGGCGCCGCGCACGUCGCCUUCCCCGCCCCCUCCAAGGACGCCGUCGGCGCUUUCUUCAUCAGCGCCCUCAAAGCCGGCGGCAAAAUCCACGGCGAGCCCAAGACCCGCGACUCGGACUCGGGCUACUACAGCGCCGCCGUCAUCGACUUUGACGGCAACAGCGUCGAAGCCGUCUACCGGCCGGGGCUCUCGUCCGCACGGUCUGAAGUGAGCCGGCCGGCCCUCGCGCUGCUCGAGAACGCGCCCGCCUCCGCCGCCGGCUCCGUCGUCUCCAAAGCCACCAGCGUCUCCGCCACAAGCAAGGCGUCCUCCGUCCGCCGCUCCGAGGCCCGCUCCGCCGUCUCCAGGGCGCCCACAGAACACCACCGCGGCCUGCCCGCCGCCCCCUCCACAACCUCCACCUCCACCCGCAGCAUCCAACAACAGCCCCCGCCGCAGACCCCAACCUACGUCGUGCACACCACCCAGAAAUCCGACGACGGCACCACCGCCAAAACCAUCGUCGGCACCCUCAUCGGCGCCGCCGCCGGCGCCGCCAUCGCCUACGCCAUGUCCAAGGGCGACGCCGACUCCAGCGAAUCCCAUCAUCCCCCCUCCACCGCUCCCCCGCAAUACUCCCCCCCGCGAAUACCCCCAGCUCACCACCGGCCAACGGCCCCCUGGGCAUGCUCCAAAAGCACCCUCCGCGCCUUCGAAGCCCCUGCCCCGCCCGGCAGCACUUUACUUCGGAGGCAGCAGCAGCGGGCCCCCGCUCAACCACCCGCAGCGCGCGACAUUCCGCUGCGCGCAAUUGAGUACCCGCCCCCGCUGGACGGGAGCGCCGCCCACUAUCCUUGCGACCGCAGCACGCUGAUCAGCAGCUUCCCGGAGAAGUCGCGCGCCUUCGACGGUGGCAGCGUGUACUCGUCGUCGACGAUCAAGGCCUCCAAGGCGAAUGGGAACUACUCGCAGACGAUCUACGAGGUCGACGAAGAGCGCCACAGCCAUACCUCGCGCCGCUCGUCUGCCACCUCGCAUCGCUCGUCGCGCUCUCAUGCUCAGUCCCAUGCCGGCGGCAGCUCGGCCUCGCGCUCCCCUCGCCACAUCCCCCUCCCAGAAUCGGUCGCGUCGUACCGCUCCGCUACUAAGUCUGGCGUGUCGGCGCGGGAGGUGCCCCUGCCCGAGAGCGUGUAUGAAGAUGCGGGCGACGACGUCGGGCCCGAGGACUCGAUUAGCCAGAUUGGCGGGGAUGCGUCGUCGCGGCGGUCGUCGCACUCGCAUCGGUCGCGGGCGUCCAAGCACUCGCAUGUGAGUAUUAAUACAGAAAUCACUCUACCACUCAAUUGA